GCGGGCCCGGGAGCAGGUGGAGGGCUGGCGGCAGCGGCAGCGGGGCUGCCAUGGCUCGGCCUCCGGGUCCAGAGCACCGACUGCCACCUCUCCCCUCCUGGCCUGCCCCCCAUGCCUGGCAGACCUUUGCCUUUGCCGGGGCUCCCGCCUGACCAGCCUCCCCUCCCCGUCUGGUUGGGAUCUGGGGGCUGAGCCGUCUGGGGUCCCAGGGCCAAUGCAGUGCCGGCUCCUCCGGGGCCUGGCUGGAGUCCUCCUCACCCUUCUGUGCAUGGGGCUCCUCUCCCUACGGUACUACUCAAGCCCAUCCCCGCAGGGCGUGCCGGAGACCCCCGGGCUGAGCCCGCCAAGCCCUCGGCCGCCGGAGCUGCAGCUGCACGAUGUCUUCAUCGCAGUCAAGACAACCCGGGCCUUCCACCGCUCCCGCCUGGAGCUGCUGCUCGACACGUGGGUCUCCAGGACCAGGGAACAGACGUUCAUCUUCACCGACAGCCUGGAUGAAGGCCUCCAGGAGAGACUGGGGUCCCACCUCGUGGUCACCAACUGCUCUGCGGAGCACAGCCACCCUGCCCUGUCCUGCAAGAUGGCUGCUGAGUUUGAUGCCUUCUUGGCCAGCGGACUGAGCUGGUUCUGUCAUGUGGAUGACGACAACUAUCUGAACCCGAGGGCGCUGCUGAAGCUGCUAAAAACUUUCCCGUGGACCCGCGACGUCUACAUCGGCCGGCCCAGCCUGAACCGGCCUAUCCACGCUUCUGAGCCGCAGCCGAACAACCGCACGAGGCUGGUACAGUUCUGGUUUGCCACCGGGGGCGCCGGCUUCUGCAUCAACCGCAAACUGGCUUUGAAGAUGGCCCCAUGGGCCAGAAUCGGGGCUGCUGUUGAGGGCAAGAAGCAUUUCUUUCUCAUCUCUUUGUCCUCAGCCUCUGUGUCAUGGUGGCUGGCAGCAGUGGCCCCCGCUUCGUGGACACAUCUGCCCUCAUCCGGCUGCCUGAUGACUGCACUGUGGGCUACAUCGUCGAGUGCAAGCUGGGCGGCCACCUGCAGCCCAGCCCUCUCUUCCACUCCCACCUGGAGACCCUGCAGCUGCUGGGGGCUGCCCAGCUCCCAAAGCAGGUCACCCUCAGCUAUGGCAUCUUUGAGGGGAAACUCAACGUCAUUAAGCUCCAUGGCCCCUUCUCCCCUGAGGAGGACUCCUCCAGGACAAAGAUGAAGUACGUACCUGGCACCGUGUCCACGUAAAACACAGCAAGUUCUCUCCCUCCUUCCCUCCCUACAUCUCCUCCUGAAUGACUUUGUAGACUCCCCCCAGAACAGAGACCUUGCUCGAUGCAGCUCUGUGCCUUAUAGUAUCCGGCACAGUGCUGGGCGCAUAGCAGGCGCUUCCUGAAGACCAAUGACUAUUUAGGUGGGUGAGUCAACCUCAGGCUAGUACCAACCUGGCUGUAUUAGCAUCACAGGUGCUUGGUAAAAACAGAUUCCAAGGCCCCAUCUUAGAUCCUCAGAAUGCAAGUCUCCAAAGAAGGGGCCAGGGAAUAUGCAUUUUUACCUGGUUUCCCAAGAGGAUCUAAGCGGCUGCUGGGUUAGAGAACAAGGAUUUGAGGUGCGUUCAGCACCAUGGACAGAACCUCAUGCCGCUGCCUUUAUCUACUCUCCUUCCUGGGACGAGAUGGGGCGAGGGCAUUCUAGGUAUGUAUGCGGCGGGAGUUAAUGGUCUAACCCUGAUGGAGGCCGUGAGACAACUGUGGCCUUGGCCCUCAAGUGACACAGUCCUUGUCUUUGCUUCAGGAGCACGUUUCGGAGUGGACACUGGUCCUGCUGCGGGAGACAGCUCUGACUGCACAGGGAGAGGCAGGAUAAUCAAUAUUGCCUCUAUUUCUUUUGUAAGUUGUAAGCGACCCUCAUACUGUGCAAGCGGCAAAGCAUGAAGCCUGAGCCAGUGUGAACAAAUUAAUCCCCCAACCGUGGUUUGAGCACCUACUGUGUUCAAGGGCUGUGCCGGUAGCCAGGGGGCAGGGGGAUGGGUGAGAUACAGCUGCCGCCUUCAGGAGCCAGCAGCUUGCCAAGUAUGGUUCAUUGACUGUUAGAAAGCAGAGCUGCCUCGAAGAUAACCAGACCCGGAGUCAGUGAGUAUGCUUACUGGAGAGGCUGCCAGGGGAGUGGAGAGGACAGACACGUGGCAGAAGAGGCUUCCUGGAUUUGAGACCUGGCCCUGGCGCACGGACUAGCUGUGUGGCCUUGUGCCUGAUGUUUAGCUUCCAGAGCCUCAGUUUCCUAAUCUGAGACAUGGGAGUGACUACGUCCUUCCAUCUCCCAGGGCAUUUAUAAGGAACGUGCCUACUCAGCCGGGUUCCAGCGGUGCAGCCCCAGCACCAUUCAUUCGCUCAUAGACUCCACAUUUAUGCCAGGCAUGGUGACAGUCACUGUGAGCAAAGGGCAUGAGAACUGGUACACAGGGGGAGUAAACUGGGGGCAGGGCCACGCUCCUGGCCUCCAGUGAGACUACAUUUCCAGCCUCCCUUGCAGUGAGAGGGAGGGUGGCCAUGUGACCGAGUUCUGGCUGAUGGAUGUGCCCCACUUGCAGGCCUGGCCCAUGAAAUCCGCCCCCCACGAGAUGAUCUCUCUCUGUCCUCAUCACUGGCUGGAUGGGGAGGACUUUGCGUUGUAGGAGCCUGGAGGUGGGAGGAGCCCAGGUCCCAGAAUCUCUUCGUGGGAGUCUGUCCAUCAGACAGAUGCACUGAAGUGUUAGAAGAACCAGAAUCAAACUGGUGUUGAGUUGAGCCCUUGGGUUUGGGGAUGUUUGUUACAGCACUUAGCCUACCCUGGCUAAUAAUACAGGGAGAUACAGCAAACAAGUAAACAAAUGAGCAGGAGUUCUAGAAGCUGAUGGAGUGAGGAGAGCCACACACAGGAAGGAGACAGUGGGGGAAUGUUUGGAGGAUACAUUAUGGAUAUAUUUUUAAGUUCUUCUAAGCUUAAAAAAUAAACCUUUAGCCCCUCAAUGGUCCAGGUCUGAAAUUCUCUAGCUUUGGCUAUAUAACUUCCUUCUCAAGCCUCCUGAAACCCCAUCUUGUGUGAUGUAUGUCACUCAUAACUCCACCUUCUGGAUUUUAUUUCAGGGACCUGCUGACCAAGUUUUGUCUUUAGUCUGGCCCUGCUGGGUCAGAAACCUGUCCCUUCAUGCUACAUAGCUCCAGUGACCUUUCUCUCUCCCGUAACCUGGCCUUCUGGGAAAAGAGUCUCCAGAUGGACCUGUGUUCCCACCUCUCCAGCCCACUGAGCCUCCCCCCACCCCAGCUUUGUUCAGUAUUUGGGAGAAAGUAUAUUUGCACCUUUAAUGACUUUACAGAGGCAGGAUACAGACCAUGAGAGUGAAAACAUCCAAUUUACCAGUUGGUUUGCAAGAGAUAUUUAUGUAGUCCAAAUCUGUUUUAUUUGUAUGUGAUUAUUUUUAAAUUAAAUUGAAAUAAAUUCUAAUACAUAAGUAAUAUGUUUACCAUUCCAUUUCCCAUCGCUGCAUAACAAACUACCCCAAAACUUGUGACUUAGAACAGUGACACCACUUAUUUUGCUCAUGAAUCUGAGAUUUGGGAAGGAUUUUGUGGGAAAGCUUGUCUCUGCUGCACUUGGUGUCAGCUGGGGCAGCUCCGGCUGGGGCUAUGAUUAUCUGAAGGCUCUUCCUCGUGUCUGACACCUGGCUGGGGAAGACUCAGAUUGCUGCUCUCAUUCUAUGAGGCCUCUCUGGUAUGACAUUGUGGGGUAGAGGGACUUCUUACAUGCUGGCUCAGGGUCCCAGGUAUAAGCUGGGUUGCCCCCUGUGACCCAGCUUAGGAAGUCCAACAGCAUCAACCAAGGCCAGCCCAUAUUCAAAGAGGGGAUUUAGACUUCCCACCCUUGCCUUUAAGAAAUUACGUUAUUAAUUUUAAAAAUUGUGUUAUAAUAUAUAUAAAACAUAAAAUUUGCCAUUUUAAUCAUUUUAAGUGUACUUCAGGGGCAUUAAUUGUAUUUGCAAUGUUGUGCGAUCACCACAAAAACUUCUUUGUAAUGUUUCAUCCAUGUUGUAACAUGGAUCAGAUCUCCAUUCCUUUUCAUGGCUGCAUACUAUUCCAUUGUCUGUAUAUGUCACAUUUUGUUUAGCCAUUCAUCCAUCCGUGGACACUUGGGUUGCUUCCAUCUUAUGACUAUUGUGAGUAAUGCUGCUAUGAACACUGGUGUACAAAUAUCUGUUUGCAUUCCUGCUUUCAAUUCUUUUGGGAAUAUACCCAGGAGUGCAAUUGCUGGAUCACAUAGUAAUUCUGUGUACAUUUUUUUUGAGGAACUGACAUACUGUUUUCCAUAGCAGCUGCAUCAUUUUACAUUCCCACCAGCAAUGCACAAGGGUUCGAAUUUUUCCACAUCCUCACCAGCACUUGUUUUCUGUUUUUUUAAAAAAUAAUAGUCAACCUAAUGCAUGUGAGGUCUCGUCAAUGGAUGGGAACCAUCUCAUUGUGGUUUUGAUUUACAUUUCCUUGAUGGUUAGUGAUUUUGAGCAUCUUUUCAUGUGCUUAUUAGCCAUUUGUGUGUCUUCUUUGGAGAAAUGUCUUUUCAAGUCCUUUGCCCAGUUUUAAAUUGGGUUGUUUUUUGUUGUAGAUGAGCCCUCAUUCUUUUUUGCAGCCGCGUAGCAUUUCAAAGAAGAGUUAUAAAAUUCUUUUACUAACCAGUCCUCUGCUGAUGGCUAUUCGGGUUGUUUCCAAUCAUAUGCUGUUCAAGCAAUGCAACAAUGAAUUUUCUUGUACACAUGUUAUUAUGCUCAUGUGUGAGUAUAUUGAAAGAUAAAUUCCUAGCAGUAGGAUCGGUGAAUUAAAGAGAAGCUGCAUUUAUCGUUUAGGUAGAUACUGUCCAAUUGCCCUUGAGAGAGGAUGUACGGAUUUAUAUUCCCUGUAGCUAUGUAAGAGAGCAAGGUGCAGCUUUAAAACUAACACAUAUGUUUUCGGCAUUGUGCCAAAGAUUUCUUCUUCCUUGGGGAUGCUAGUCUGACAUUUCCUGAUACCGAUUAAAACAUUGGCCUAACGCUGCCCUCUGUUAAGGGAUUUGCAACUCAAUUGCAUUUGUUCAUAAAAUGGAAUUAAUAUCGAAUAACUUGCCAACAACAGAACUGAUUUUUGACCCUGUGCUAUGACAAAUCUAUUCAUGGUUUUUUUUUGUGUGUGUGUGUGGUACGCGGGCCUCUCACUGUUGUGGCCUCUCCCGUUGCGGAGCACAGGCUCCAGACGCGCAGGCUCAGCGGCCAUGGCUCACGGGCCCAGCUGCUCCGCGGCAUGUGGGAUCUUCCCGGACCGGGACACGAACCCGCGUCCCCUGCAUCAGCAGGAGGACUCUCAACCACUGCGCCACCAGGGAAGCCCUAUUCAUGUUUUAUGUUUUCAAAAUCUAUUCAAAUUUUAAAAGCUGCUCCUUAAUACUAUUAAAAUGAUAUAAAAAAUUAGACUCAAUCUCAAUAGGUAUGCCAAUCUUUCCAAAUAGGAUGCAAUUUAUUUUUAUCAAUAUUUUCCCAGAGGUAUAGCCAUGAAAAUUCAUGAUGGGAAAUUCUUUUCUGUUAUCAGUGGUAUCUAACAAGAUAAUGGAACAACUCACACAUCAAAUAUUAACUCAGCCUGCGCUUUUUAGAUGACGUGUGGAUUUAGAAGCAAACAGCAUCCCUUUCCAAAGCCAACGCCAAACACCUCACUCCUCCAACUUCUAAUUAACAAAGUAACUGAAAGAUGUUGUGAUCAAACCGGGAUCCAAUUAAAACAGAUAAACCGACUGUAGCCACAUUAACUACAUUAUAUUAAUAUAUGUUCAUAAUUAACUAGACACAGUUUUCAAGAAGAAGGGGAUUUUUUUUUUCAGGAGAGACAGCUCCCGUAAAUGAACUAACUUGUAAAUCAACUCAGGACAGCAAAUUCUAUAUCCUCUGUACGGCAACUAAUGUAAUAUUUAUAUUAACUGCUAAUAAAGACAUAUGUCAAAUAAAA